CAGCCGUCCCAGUGCGGGGCAGCUUCGCGCACACACACACGAACGGGACAAUUUCACGGGAACACACAAACACAGUGAUGUCAGAGCCGGCGGGCCGCUCUUCCUCCGUCUCUUCCAUCUCUCUGCUGGAGAUCAAGGCGGAGACUCAUCUCGUCCUCCAAGCUUUCCUCCAUCGGGCCCUUUCCACCCCGCUGAAAGAGAGGCCUGGCACAGUGGGAGGGGCCUACAUCGAUCACAACAAGUACAGCUCCAAGAAACAAACCAAAGCUAAGGAUGGCUGGGAUCCCCCGGCUAAAGCUGGCAGCUCAGCAGAUGAGAGGAAGACUGGAUUCAAGGACUUCAUAAAGCAGCUGCCUCGUCAUAACAGCGCACGGCGUCCUGCCAAAGACCCGAAAGGCUCACUGGACAAGGACAGUAAGGCUAAAGUGCCUCAACUCAGGGACCAGACAGAAUAUGAUGUCAUAUCCCCCUCCUCCACAUCAGAAGACGAUGACAGCGAGAAGAAGCAGCAGAAGAAGCUGAGCCAGAAGAAGAUCAGAAGAAGGAUCUCCAGCUUCUUCAAGUUGAAGUUGGAGAAAGAGAAGGCCAAAGAGGGGCCUGGAGCUCACCCUCCGCGGCCUGACGCGCUGUCCAUCUCUAGAGGAGCAGAGCCCAGCCCGGCCCUCCCCUCUCCCAACCACCCUCCUGAGUUCUAUGAUGAAGUAGCACAGAGGCUGGAAAAGAUCGCCCAGAAGUCCACCAGUCUAAAGAAACAGAGCCCCACACCCCAGCUGUCACCAGCAGUGUGUGAGAAAGAAGCAGUGGUGCGGCAGCUUGCUCAGGUGCUGUCUUUGGAGGGAGAUUCUAUCAACGCUAAGAUCGAGGCAGACCCCUUCCUGCGCUCCAGCCUGGCGCGUCUCUCCUAUGCAUCCUUCGCCCAGCUUAUAGACACUUUCAGCAGCAGUCAGGCGUCUGAGGCUCCAGCCCUGCCUCCCAGGGCCAGUCCAACGCUGCGCCGCAUGGCGGUCAGCAUGGAGGUGUCACGACGGAUAGUGACAGCCACCGGAGCCCAGCGCAUGCAAGGCUACGCAGAGUACUACAUGGAGACCUUCGCCCCCUGGGUCAAGAGCCAUGGAGGAUGGGAGAAUGUGGUACAGUCGGAGGAGACUCUAGAGUACGACUGAGGUCCCAGAGCUUACGGUUCACGGUUCAACGCCUAGCUCUGGACGAUGACAUCACGCUUUCCCACGGAGCCUCACCUGGACUGGGACCAGAUUCCACAGGCCACCGUGAUUUAUGAUAAACUGACACCAUGCAGUUCUUCCACCAGGGGCUAUUAGUUUCACAUGGUCAGAAGAAGAAGAAGAAGAAGAAGAAGAAGAAGAAGAAGACGCUAUUUUAGACAGUCAUGCUCUCCCCUAACAUGCAACAACCCUCCCACACAUGGAACCCUGUGUCAGGUUUCUCAUCACCAUCUUUAUAAACUCUGUAUAAAAUCACUUAACUCUUUCAUUACGUGAUAGUCCAAUGCACUUCAAAAAAUGAAUUUGAUCUUUUACUUUCCUUUUUUCUACCUCGAACAAAUGCCAGUCUACUGUAUAUCAAUCACACGAGCAUCAACAGAGAGCCCCCACAGGAUAAAACUAUAUAUCACCUCUAUAUUAUCCUCAGGUCAAAUAAGCCCAAUUCUUUUUAUGUAAAAUCGUUCCAAAGUUAUCCCUCUGACUCCCCCCAUCCCCCCUCCUGAGACCCUGUGGGUUUAAAACCGGAAGGAAACAAACAUUCGUGGGGAUGUAGAAGGGUGAUUUACACGAAGACGCGAAUAACGUGAAUAUUUAAAUGGAGGGAUUCCGGAUCCUCAGUCAGUAAGAGCCGAUGCCCAGGCCGUCUGACAGAUUCAAGGAGCAGCAUGAGACCCUGUUUGUUUAUGACCCAAAAAACGGGACCCGGCUCGGUGAUACACUUCGGAUACAGUUGGCACAAAGAGCUGGGUACAGUGUAGUGCGGGGCACCAGGGAUGGGAUGUACAGGAAUGGCCAUAUUCAAUGACCGAUUCCACCCAGGGGUGAAUAAAGUGUCCUUUUUGCUACUUAAAUCCGUUUAUUACACCCUAAUCUCAAAGGGUGACGGGCGGCUGGAAGGGGAAUGAGGGGAGCAGACGUGAGGAACCGAAACGGCAACGCCACGGCUGGGCUCAGAUCAACUUAUCAAAGACAUGGCCAAUCUCCAGGCUCCAAACUCUGGGGUGAACUGACCCUGGUUUCUCUGACAGCCGACAGGCCAGAUUCAGAUGUAGUAGCCGACCCAAACCUCCCCCCCCCCCCAACGCCUGAACAUUGGUUGUUGUGAAGCCAUUAAUACGACACUAGUAGGAAGGACAGAACGUACUGUACGUGACGUUGAGCGUCUGCUGUGUAUUUACAAGUUAACUUAUUACGGAAGCGUUUAGCGCUGUUAGCUAUGAGCUCUGCACUGACGUACUGUACACAGAGGAUGAUAGUGUGUGUGUGGGUUUCUUAAAUAUCUGGGAUGGUUCCCCGGUAGGGCUGGGCAGUAUUUCGAUAUAAUAUCGAUAUCGUGAUAUGAGACUAGAUAUCGUCUUAGAUUUGGGAUAUCGUAAUAUCGUAACAUGGCAUAAGUGUUGUCUUUUCCUGG